GACCGUCUGUGCACCGGGAUCGGGGAGCGCUGCUCCUGACCGUGGAAGGCGCGCCGCCACGCUCCAGUCGUGUGAAAGCCACGACUGAACUGGAUUACAUCCCAGAUCCGCUCCGGAGAGAAGGGGAGAAGAGAAAAGGAAGGAAAGGUGGUCCAUCCCUGCCGGCUGGCUUUUGCGCUCUCCCUUUUCCUGGAAGCGGCAGGCUGCCUCGCUCAUGGGGGAACGUUGCCGCCGUUGGCCCUGGACCCGGGUUUGUGAGCACCUGACGGAAUAUACACUCCCGUAACCUGCACCUCAUUCGUUCAGGAGGGAACCGUGACCGGGCUCUGUCACUCAUCCGGCUACGGAUCACGUCGCUCGUUUUCUCCCGCUGCACGGUAACAUGCGUUCUGUAAGAUGGCUACGAGCUGGAUGGCGUAACGUGUUUGAUACUGGAAGCUUGUUAGGAGCUCAUCUUGGCACAGUACAGAUAGAUACAGCGAGAGAGAUGGAGGGAAAUAGAUAGACAGAGGGAGGGAGGGAGAGAGAGAGAGAGAGAGGCGGUGCGGAGAGGCAGGGAGAAGCAGCAGGAGACGGCUUCAGACGUGCUCUGACAGGUACAGUCAGUCACGCACUCUCGGGCGCGCACACCACGCAGUUAGAAGCCAGGAGAGCAGAUCUGAUGUGAUUGGCGAAUGACAGGACAGUUCAUCUGAGAGCCUCACAGGGUGCGAAAAAAAGCCCCCCCCCGCAGAAGAGGAAGUGAUUAAGAAUUUCUUCAUGUUUUGAAGAAAGGUUAACAAGAGGGGGAAAUGAGCACGGCUGAAUACGCUUAUGAGAAAAGCGACUGCGUGCUCUUAUUUUGACGGGAAAAAGUCCAAUCCUGAAAGCAGCCAGUGUGUCUGCUUGUUUGGUUUGUGCCGUGCUAAAGGGAUGAACCUGCGCUCAACAGGUCGGCCGCUAUUCCACUGAGAGCUCGCAGGAGGACUGAGUGAACCUCAGACAGCCGGCCGCCAUAAAGUGCCGUGUAACAACACAUGAAUAUGCUAAAGAACCACAAUGCACUUCUCACGAGGGAGGGCAACAAGUUUGCUAAUAAUAGCACAAUGAUACCAUAAGUAGGAAUAGGAAGGAGGAAUCUCACUGGGGCACUGGGUGGUAAACAUAUAAUAUAUUACUCACUGUCUCUGUGCCCCCUUUUUAAUUAAAAAUCUUUUGAUUAUGAAGCUUUGUAUGCAAGAGAAUUCACCCGGGGCUGUAGACUUCUGCACGCAAAACGUACCACCGCAAUUUCUUUUACAUCGCUGUGAAUGUUUCAUUCAACAUCAAGAUUUUACUUCGAGAAGACGUUUUUGAUUUCCGUCUGCCAUUCUGUCGUCUGCUAUGCUGACAACCAAUAUGUUGUAAUACAACAGCACGAGGGCACAUGAUCACAUUCUGAAUGCAGGUCGUGUUGUGAAUCGUCCGACUGGGCCAAACUUGUGCCCGACCUUAAGCCAACGCGCUAAAUCGCGCUGAAGCUACUACUCUUGUCUGUGGAGACAACCGAUCAUCUCCCUGCCAGCCUUCUCUGGAAGCGCGUUCUUUCGGGCGUUCGAGCAAGCACGCGGAAGAAGAGGAGCGGCCCCGGAGCGGCGGCCCCCGUCGUGGGAAGCGGACCGUUACCCUUUGACCUCAGAGGGUUAACUCCGUAAUCAGACCGCAGGAGCUCCAAGCCCCGUUGCUUUUACCACUUGGUACCAAAGUCCAGGGCAGACAAAGACUUAGUACAGGGCUGAAGUGGAACCUGAAGCCAGGAUGGGCUGCAACAUGUGCGUGGUGAACCGACCCGAGGAGCAGUACAGGAUUAUGUUCCAGAAGGGCAACACACUUCGUCCUAUUGAUGCUGAAGUAAAGCUUAAAGGCAGAAAAACAUCUCAUCUCUCCCAAGAUAAGGAUGGACAUACCCACAAUCCUUUGCUGCUGCAAGUGGUGCGCAAGGGCCACAGGAGGAGAGCAGGCACUAUCGCGGGUGCUGCCAGACUCGUGGCCAUCACCGACUGCGUGGACAACUCCACGCAGACUGACAUCAGCUUCCAGAACUUUCUGGGCGUGGCCGGAGGUCCCUACCCUGGCAGCGGCUCCCCCAAACCGCCCCCGUCUCCCCCGCUGGUCACGCUGGUCCCGCCCUACCUGCUGAACGAGCUUUGCACUCUGGAGAAUGACUACCUGGACAUGGCCAACCACGAAGUGGACCGUCAGGAAGAGCUGGAGUAUGAGGAAGUAGAGCUCUACAAAUCCACUCAGCAGGACAAGCUGGGCCUGACUGUGUGCUACCGCACUGAUGAGGAGGAUGACCAAGGCAUCUACAUAGGGGAGGUCAAUCCCAACAGUAUAGCGGCCAAAGAUGGACGCAUCAGGAAAGGUGACCGAAUCUUGCAGAUCAAUGGGGUGGAUGUACAGAACAGAGAGGAGGCAGUGGCCAUCCUUAGCAGAGAAGACAGCAUCAACUUCUCACUCUUGCUAGCGAGACCGGAGAUAGAGGAGGACACAAACAUAGACCCUGAGGACCUAGACUUUGAGCUACCAGUGGGCAUGGGCGUCGACAGUCUCAGCACCUCACACCUGCCCAGUCUGUGCCUCCUCCGGCAGCGGAGGUCCCAGGUGGGCGUCCCCGAGGAGCCCCUGCCGCAGCAGGAGGCGCCGGCGCUCGGCCUGGCCGCCCUGAACAACAGCCAGGAGCUAGACAGCGGCGUAGGCCGCACAGACGAGAGCACGCGGAACGAGGAGUCGUCUGAGCACGACCUGCUGGCGUGCGACGAACAGACCAGCGCGUGCACCACCAACGGCACCAACACGCCGCACAGCCUGCGCAAGUUCCGGCCCGGCAGGGGUAGUAGCGGAGGGGGAGACACGCCCUCGCCGCUGCUCCACCUCCGCGAGCUCCAACUCAGCACGGACUCACUGGACGUCGGGGCGGUGGGCGGAGGCUACCUUCACGACCCGGUGGGCGCCAUGAUGAUGCCAGGCCUGACCGAAGAGGAGUGCGAGCGCUACCGGGAGCUGCUGGAGAUCAAGUGCCGAUACGAGAGGAAGACAAAGCAGGGCGGUGCCAGGAAAGGGGCGGAGGAAGGGGAGGGGCUGGAAGAAGAAGGGGAGGGGUUGCAGGGCGGGGAGAAGGAGGCGGACCUGGACGAGGAGUGUGACGCGAGCCUGACCCCGCACGAGAUGGCGCUCUUGGAGGAGGAGCUGCGACACCUCGAGUUCAAGUGCCGGAACAUUCUGCGGGCACAGAAGAUGCAACAGCUGAGGGAGCGCUGCCUGAAAGCGUGGCUGUUGGACGAGGAAGCGUCAGGCAGGGGCUCGUCCGACCUGCAGGCUUCGCCGCUGCACGAGCUAACCGACAUCAAAGAGCUCCCGGAGAGGGAGCGAUCGGACAGGGAGACCAGCAGCGCCUACAACACCGGCGGAGAGAGCUGCAGGAGUACACCCCUGACGAGCGACCACCUCUCGCCCGUCGCUCAGACGGAGGAGUGCGCGUCCCCCCUGCAGGGGAGGCCCCGAGACCGUCCCAGCUGGAACGAGAGGGGGCGCGCCAGCCUCGGCUCCGCCUACUCACCCGGCAGCUACAAGAAGUUCCAGACGAGCAGCACCGUCAACCCGAAGUUCCGCUCUCUGACCCGGGAGGGCGGGAGCUCGCGGGCCGAGGGCGCGCACGAAAGGGCAGGCGGCCGCAGUGCCGAGUCCAGCCCUUACUUCACCCGACGGCGCCACCCCAACCGGGCUCCGCCCGAACGCUACCACAGCUGCAUGCAGCUGGGCUCCUCUGUCUCAGAGCCCUCGGCCGAGAGGCCCGCGGAGGGGGAGGGUGGCGCCAGCCGGGCCGGCCCCUCCAGGCCCUCACUGGACCUGCCCCUGGCCCUCACCCCCUCCUCCCCGCGCAUGGAGUGGAAGGUGAAGAUCCGCAGUGACGGCACCCGCUACGUGGCCAAGCGGCCCGUCCGUGACCGCCUGCUCAAGGCCCGCGCCAUGAAGAUCUGCGAGGAGCGCAGCGGCGUGACCACGGACGACGACGCGGUCAGCGAGAUGAAGAUGGGCCGCUACUGGAGCAAGGAGGAGCGCAAGCAGCAGCUGCUGAGGGCCCGCGAGCAGCGCCGUCGCCGCGAGUUCAUGAUGCAGUGCCGCCUCGACUACCUCCGCCACCGCGCCCAGGAGCCGGCGAGGGACGGCCUCCCGGAGGCGGCCCAGGCGCCUGGCUCCACCCCCGAGCUGAGCCAGAGGCGGAGCUCCAAGAAGCGCAGCCGGCGCAUCCUGGACAACUGGAUCACCAUCCAGGAGCUGCUGGCCCACGGGUCUCGCUCUCCGGACGGGAGCAGGGUGUACAACUCUCUCCUGUCCGUCACCACGGUCUAGGAGCCGGAUCCGCUUACGUUGGAGAGAGCGAGAGCGAAAAAACGAGAGCUUUUGUUUAAAAAUAGGCCUAAAUCUCAAGAGCACAUUGAUGUUGUUUUAAAUGUUUUGUUUACAAAGAUUUGGAUGAAUCUCAAAGCACAGUAGCCAGUUAAUCCAGCACAAAAAAAAGAACUAACCGUAAGGCACAUCCAGCACUCAUACAGUGCAUUCUACAUACUGUACACAGACACAAGCAAACCUGGUAGCCCAGAUCAUCUGUGUGAUUUUUUUUUUUUUUUUGCCAUCAGCUAUAUCAGAAAAUACCGAAAACUGCAAAAAGCACACACAGCACAAGACCAAUCCAACAGCACCUUUCGACUCGAGACUCCGAGCUAACCUCGUGCUUCCUGGCGUUUAGGGCAGCAGGCGUCCUGUUAGCAUCGAUGCAGAACCCUGUAGUGAUCAUUUACCCGCAAGGUGCUGAUACAGUCAUGAUAACGCUUCACUUACAGCACAGUCAUUGCCUCUCAACAGCCACAGCAGGACAUGCGAAUGUAUAAGUGGUUCCUGUCCCAAAGCGCGUGCAAAGGUUGCGUUCCGGAGGCAACGCAGUCCGAGAGACGAUGCCAUGGCAAUGGUGCUUGUCGACAAAGACCUCUCACCUGCAUCAGACUGGGCUACUGUGCAGCUCAGCAUAGUGAACACGCAACCCAGGCCCUACAACAGACCUACAAAGGUCCGGCUUGGUGAGGAGCUGAGGGUACAAGCAGCCUUCGCUCACCACACCGAGGCACUGAGACUGGGACGGGGGGCCACGCUGCCUUCCAUACAAGAAGUUCUACCGCCAGCCGGGGCAGCUUCGGCCCAAAGACCCGCUUAUCGGCACGGGAGGCGCAGAAUGAAGCCCCGUGGAAGCAGCGGAGGGAUGAGCAGAGAGCGCGUGAACUCCGAAGUACGGGCAGCACAGAGGAAGGGCACUCCUGGGCUAGACAGGCAGUUCUUUGAAAGAAGAAUAAAGUACUGGAUAGCUCUGAUUUGUAAAUGAAUGUGAGUCAAUAGAAAAUAAAAAAUACAGCUUUACUGACCACUCUUACCCUAACCACUCUUAUGUUUACAAGGUGAUUUUUAAAAAAAACUUUUGGACAGUUACAUAUUUGCAUGAUUUUAACAAGAGGUAUACCACACAAUAACAGAAAUAUUCUAUAGAUUAUAUUGUUGUAUAUCCAUUGCCAAGUAUACUAUGUAUGUGAUCAGUUUUGUAUGAGUUUUGCUGUCUUUAGUUGACUGUUUUGUUGGUGUGCUAGUCAGAAAAGUAUAUUAUUACUCUUGUUACCUGUUGAUAUAAUUGGUCUUAUUUACACAGCCUGUAAAAUACAUUUGAUCUUAAGUGGUAAUUCUAAUGUACUGUUGAAAUGGUCCAAACCCACAAUGUUUUAGCAAAAUAAAACCAUUUUGUAUGAUUAGUAUAAAACAAUUUGUCGCUCAGAUUAUUUGGAUCAUUCCAUAUUUGGGAACUUGCAGAAAAAUGAACACACACCUCGUGUUCAAAUAUCAAGUAACUGACCCCAGUCGGUUGUAAUCAAGCAGAAAGUACAGUCUUUCCAACAGCAAGAACAUAUUUUAUAGAACAAGAGCAAUAAAUAAUCACAUAUAAUUUCUCUGAAACAGGUUUGCAUCGAAACCUCAUACAUAUAUACAAAUAAAACUUCAUACAAUAUCAUUUCUUUAAAUAUAGAUACUGCUCUGACACGCACGUGAUACAACUUUAUAGUUACAUUUUGUUCUCCAGGCCCUAAAGUGUAAACAAUAGCUCGUCGCCCCCCGGCCUUCCUGGUCAGUUAUAGACACGUAUAACACAGCCCAUUCCAGAGUAAAUAGACUAUUUAUAUAUGCUAAUAUGUACACUCAGGUUUAUACAGCGUCAUUCGGGUAAGUGCAGGAAAACAUGCAACACGCGCCGAGACCUCAGCGAUGCAAUCGGGAGUAAGGGUGCACAUAUUUCCCACGCUACUCAAUCUACUGUGACAGGUCCGUGAGUCCUAGACUGGUCCGUGAGUCCUAGACAGGUCCGUGAGUCCUAGACUAGUCCGUGAGUCCUAGACUGGUCCGUGAGUCCUAGACUGGUCCGUGAGUCCUAGACGGGUGCUGGCAGCUUUACGGGCAUUGUGUCCUCUGGGACUCGUAUCACCUGUUGCAUGCACUAGAACGAACCUGUGGAGUCUGUGGUAGCGAGUCAGUUCAUAGGAGGACAUAGAGCAAAGGGCAGGGGGGUGUGUGUGUCAAUUUUACACCACUUGGCAAAAAAACAAACCAAAAAAACACGAUUUCAGAUUUAUCCUGUAAAUCCCUUUUUUUUUUGGUACACACCCUGUUGUACAUUCGCUCUUCAAUAAGAAGCCCUAUUAAAGACUAAGUGUAACUGUGUCCAAGAUUAGACAUUAGUCUAUGGCAGGUAGCCAUAUUGGCAGAUUAUUUCCAAAAAUAUUUCAAAAAAUACAAAAAGUCAAAAUCUUCUGAGGGCGUUUUGUUGGCGUAACGCUUUUAAGAGCUCUGCAUGUUGGAGGGUUUGGGAGGGGGAUAAGCAAAGAUCUAAUAUCGAGGCACUGCACUGAUGAACUCGGGCAAACUGUGCAAAAGCUCUGAAGUUUUAGCAGUGAAGUAAAAGCAUCAUACAAAAAGAUUCCACUGGCAACCUUCACGUGCGAAAUGCAUUAGCGUGUGCCAUACCAGCAUGCUCUUCGCCUAUGGACAGGAGGGCACAGAUAUGCAGCCUGACAUUCUUAUAAAGAGUGGCUUGCUCAAGUAAGACUGUAUGGCUUCUGGCAAUGAGUUUGGUGUGAAAUAUAUGUUGUCUUCGUCAUCUUUUUUUUUUGUUGUUUUUUUGGGUAUUUUUUCAAGCUUACUGCAAAACAAGUUCCUGAAAUAGGUAGCCCGGGACAGUUCUAAAAAGUUCUGUUUGUACACAUGAAAUCACACCGUGUUAGUUUGGAAAAAGCUCCUAGAAAACAA